GCGGAGGGAGAUCUAGAGGAGGGAGAACUCAGCUCUGAAUCAAGCCACGAAUCACGGAGAAUGUGCGCGAAACACUUCACUGCUGUUCUCUGUAACUCCACAGGGCACAUUCUGUAUGAUUUGACAAGAACUGGUUUGGGAACGUCGGAGUGACAUUGAAGAAGGCGCAUUUCUGGAGACUCAGAACAGAACCUCUCCUCGAGCUCAUCUACAGUCAGCAUCCGUACAUUCUGGACCUGUUACCACUGGACACUAGUACCACUGACCAUUUCUCCAGACCGCAGAGGAAUUGCGCAAUUUCCAACGGACCAAAUUAUGACUUUGCUUGGAUGAGUUUUCCAUCGAUUUGAUUUGCUUUUUUUUAAUUAAAAUACACAUUAUGUUGUUAAAUGUUAAACUGGGCAACUACCUGUAAAAUAAUGACUUUUUAAUGCCGCUUCUUCCAAAUUAAAUAUUUGAAUGCGUUUUAUGAGAUGCGUAAAAUGGAAACCACUGCGCGUAAAUUCACGUCGGAUUAACUCUCUCUUCGCAUCCCGGCCACAUUCCCCUGAAAAUCUAUGGAAGUAGCAGAGUUUGCUUUGAACUUGCUUUAGGCUGGGUGCCGGGAGUGUUUUCUGCGGGACGUAGUGAGGAUGCAGUCGGGGAUGCGGGCGCUCUGUGCCGGCGGAGCCGCGUCUCUCUGCUGCCUGCUCAUGCUGUGGAUGAUCUACACCCACAUCCUGAAAGAAGGUCAGUUGGCAGUAGGCACAUGUGAGAUAGUGAUGUUGAAUAGAGACAGCAGUCAACCCAAGCGCACUAUUGCUAGGCAGACAGCCCGCUGUGCCUGCCGGAGAGGACAGAUCGCUGGCACCACACGGGCCCGACCAGCAUGCGUGGACGCCCGGAUAGUGAAAAGUAAGCAGUGGUGUGAGAUGUCCCCGUGUUCAGAGGGUGAGAUCUGCGGACUUCUCUUCAAUCGCUCCGGAUGGACCUGCAACAAAGGCGGCGGCCGUAUUAAAACCGUCACACCUCUGCCCAAGGAGCCAUCCUAAAGGACAUCAGAUUUCUGUGAGGAGGUUUGCUGACAUUCACAGGAGCAAUGCCAAACAGGAAUCAUCCAUCAGCCCCCACACAUUUGUGUCCAUCCUCUCAUUUCAGAGCUAAAGAUAUCAGCUGACCCACUCCCCAUCACCCUUAAAAAGGAAAUGGAAUCCGUGCACCUCGGUUGCAGUCAGUCAAGCGUCUCUACAGUUACAUGCAGGUCAUCGAGUCCCAGCAGACGUCAUCAUCUCACAGCUGGGGACACAAAAUAUUUUCAAACCUUGACAUAAAAGAACUGUUUAAGUUUUGAUCUCAAAAUACAUUAGCUAUGAGAACAUUUCACUCGCUUUCCACUUAAACCGCCAGAGGAGACUGUUCACUUACCUUUCAGACAAAGAUUACAUAAGUUCCUCGCGAAGAGCGGCGAGGCUGUUGUCGAUCUUGAAAGACCCCAAAAACGUCUUCAGAGCAAGGACAUGUCAUCGAUGAAAGGCCAAGGACGUGCAGAGACCCUUAAAUAUACAGCAGAGCUCAAUCGCGCUGUUAAAGGACUUGUUUUGCGAAGGAAUUAAGACGCAGCAGAUGACUGAUGUAUCCUGUAAAUUUGACCUCAUGAGGUUUGACCAUAUGGAUUGUGUGCUGUUGAGUUCUGAGAAUGGCAAUGAACUGAUGCCGUCAACUGUAAUCAUGGCUGAUUUAAAGAUUAGCAAACAAUGUGUGGAUGUCAUCUGUCCCUUCCUCUCCGGGGCAUCUCUUUCACUCUCUGCUUUAAAUGUCUGUCUCUAAUGGAUAUAUAUCAUUUCUAUCGAUACUUUAUUUUGACUUUAAAUUGACACUUGCGAUGGAUUGUUGACCUAGAUAGGAAAUAAAGGGUGUGUCCAUGUAAAUGUACAUAAUGCUUUAGGGACUCCCUCUAUUGGGGGCCAUGCUGAUUUGCUGCUUAAAGUCAAUGUGAAAACGUAAGGCUUAUUUAGUUUCAUAAUAAAUGGUCUGCAGUUAUUUGUAAAUGA